AGUUAGCCUUCAGUCAGUUGUUUGAAGUUCGACCGUUAAACGAGGCGUUCGGUAGCGAAGCGGUCCGCGGUCUUGUCGAGGUGUAUGCAGAAUUCGUUCUCGCGAUCGCGCGUUCCUCUAUGAAGUUGGUCCACGGGGAAGCGGAUUAAAGUUUCCGGCCGGUCGGUGUUUGUUGGUUGGUUCAGUUGCGUGGGUCGUUGGACUGUUACAACAAAACAAAAGUCCACCCUCAUGUUGGAGGUUUGCGGAUAGAUAGUCAAAUAUCGAAGUAUCCUUUGUGUCCACGAAGAUAAAUAUUGGAUAAUCAGUGAAUGUUUCAAUUACAGUAAUUCGAAAAUUGUAAUGGUACCUCAAAAUUAUCAGUGUAUGAAUCACGAAAUCUCGCCUAAUCAGUAACAAAAGCCAUCAACGUACACUUAUAUUGAUUUUGUAUAAAAAUAAUAUCGCGAAGGCGAAAGUGAAGGCAAAUAAAUGGAUUGACUUACGACUGCCGGACGCAUUAAUGUGGAUACUUCCAACUGCUAUCGGCGCGACAUUUGGACGAAAAAGGAACCUGGAUUGCUUACACACCCCCACAUUCGUUAUUCCUUCCGUACGUGCCAUUUGGUAUGUGGUAAGAACCCUGAAUAGCACAACAGUUAACAUUCGACCAGCAGCAGUAGUUCAGCCAGCAGCACAGAACGCGUCGUGAUUAUUGGCAACCAGCGUUCGGAAACUGCCACAUAGCCCCCGCCGCACCGGCAGAAGGAAUCCGGAGAAGAACUGGUUUCGCGUGGCGCGUCAUCCAUCCCAGAAGCAACCACAACACUGGAGGUGACGAAAGGUCAACGAGACACAACUCUCGAUACGGCGAUAUAUUUAUUUCUAUGACUUCAACGACGCGUCUCCCAAGCUGUAUCGACGCCGUUGUGAACCAGUGCCAUAGCAUUCAAACGAACCCUGUAGCAUCGCGUGGUUGUUCCCCUACUGCCAGAGAGAGUGUGUACACUCGCGCGAGAUAGAGCACGGGGAAACGCCGGAGCAAGAACGGAACGAAAUCUCAUGAAUGUGAUAAUUAUUCAACCUUAGAAUUUAUUAACCUUUCUUUGGCACCGAGACCGUGUAUCUGGUAUAUGUAUUUGGUCGCUGUUUUUAAACGACCUGUGAGAGCACCAGUUGCUAAAUUGAGUUAAAUUUGUUUCCCGCGAGAACUAUAUAAACCUGGAAUGGGGAAUUCUACUUCGUCACACGAACCGCUGGAGCGAGGCUUCACCAGGGGGACAUAUGGUGACGUUAAAAACACGAAAUCCGCCUCUUACCGGGGGAGCAAACGUUCGCCUAAGAAGAUGGAUAGAUUGCGGAAAUCCUUCCGGGAUUCAUUCCGACGUCGCAAGGAUCGCGUUCCAGAGGCGUCCAAACCACAUCUGUGGCAGUCGGAUGAGCAGGCUGUGCGAUCGGCCACGUGUACCUUUUCAGUAAAAUACCUAGGAUGCGUGGAAGUGUUCGAAUCGCGCGGUAUGCAAGUGUGUGAGGAGGCGUUAAAAGUUCUGAGGAACUCGCGACGUCGACCCAUUCGCGCCCAACUGCACGUGAGUGGAGAUGGAUUGCGAGUCGUUGAGGAAGAUACCAAGGGCUUGAUUGUGGAUCAAACGAUAGAAAAGGUUAGCUUCUGCGCACCGGAUCGGAAUCAAAAUAACGGCUUUAGUUACAUCUGUCGGGACGGUACCACACGACGAUGGAUGUGCCAUGGGUUUUUGGCACACAAAGAAUGUGGCGAGCGGUUGUCCCAUGCCGUAGGCUGUGCCUUCGCGGUGUGUUUGGAACGGAAACAACGUCGUGAUAAAGAGUGCGGUGUUACGAUGACUUUUGAUUUGAAGAACUCUACUUUCACCAGAACAGGCUCAUUCCGAACGCAAACUAUGACGGAAAGACAGGCCAGCCUGGACACGGCAGUGAUAGCACCAUCGCAAAACAAUAACUUGUCCAAACCGUUCAACCCAUUCGCUAUAGAGCGACCGCACGCUACACCUUCGAUGCUAGAGCGUCAGGGGAGUUUUAGAGGAUUCACCCAGAUCGGAACGGCUUCGCCGUUUAAACGUCAAAUGUCAUUGAGGAUCAACGAUCUUCCGUCCAAUGCCGAGAGGCAGAGAGCCUUCCUCGAACCGACUACGCCACAUCGAACAACUGUUUCUCCUAUUCCGGAAAUUUCGCCUCAACCAACGGAUACCGUCAGUCAGCUUUGUCAGGAGUUGAGUCAAGGCCUUUCGCUGCUCACCAGGAAUGACACAGACGAUUUUUACCUUGACAAGGAUGCGAAGAAUGAAACGGCUGCUUCCGGAAACAGUAUUGUAACCGUUGGGAAUUACCUAAGUAUGUCAUCUGCCACUAGUCCAGCGGAUCCAACGCUCGCUUGUACCAUUCCGAUGUCAUCCGUGUUUGCACCAAGUUCUACUGCCGGACUGCAGCAGCCAACCAUUCCCGUACGAUCCAUAUCCCCAAUGAAACACUCCACGUUAGACUUCUCGCACAAUUCUGCCCUGGGUGGACCAAAUCCAAUAACAUCCAACGGCCUGGCGACGACUUCCUUAACGACGACUGCAGCACCGGUCGUUCCACAGCAUGUAGUGCCCGUCGAGACUGCUUCUCCCCUUCCCAGGCCCGAACAGUGGCUCGGUCAGAUAGUUAAAAAUGCUUCUCCGUCGCCGAAGCGUGCCCCAUCGUUGCACACCCGGGCCAAAUCGAUGAGUGCGGCCGAUCCGUUCGACGCCGAGUGGGUAGCUGAUGUGGCGAAGCCAGAGAUUCACAGCACCAAUCCGUUCAUAUCGCCACCGAAACCACCGGCGCAAAGCUUCCAGGUGCACCUGUAAACAUUCGAUCUAGUGACUGGCUGUGGACGAAACCGGUGCUUGAAUAUAGACGUAAUUUUUUAAUGUAAGACAGCGGACGACGUUGGUAGCUUUAAUCGCGAUGGUUUACCGUGGACAGGUUUGUAGAGGCAAGCUAUACAAUAGCUAUGUGCUGCUAGAGGACAGGACUACAGUACGGAGAGUACUUACUGAUCUACUCGAAAACAUUCUGAUAGUAUUUAUUAUUUUUUCGAACCCAACUUUUGAGGUUAGUGUUGUACCGCAUGGGAUUGUCGCUGCUGUUAUGGGUUUGAUUGCAAUUCACUGGAAAGAGUGGUAAAUAUGAUGUACUUUAUCGCUUACCUUUUUCCAGCGGGAUCAAGUUUGGCAGAGGGUUCUUCAGAGAACUAGAAAACGGGAAUAUUUUAAAUUUUGAUAAAAUUUGAACAGAUGCAUCGUUGCAAUAUUUAUUAUAGAAAAAAAAGUGUUGACGCAUAGUUUUCCAGUGAUAACUGGAAUGGUUUCAAAAAUAUGAUGUUAGUGAAGCGCAUGUUUGAAUAUUUGUUCUUAUUUUUCUUGCGCAGUUGCUUAUUUUGGCGCGUUGUGAAUCAGGAAAACAAAAUUACUGAAAUUAUGAAAUGGAAUGAAAAAUACACGAAUGUAAUCUUGAAUCUAAAUUUUUCUCCUGUGCUCCCUCACGCAGAUUCUUACUUUGAAAUAACAUGAUUAAGUUUUGGCGGGUUCCUGGUACCAUGAUGCACCCAUAUAUUGCCCAGUUGGCCGCCUUGUCGCUGGUAUAGUACCAGUCAUUGCCGGGAAUCAAGGCGUUUGUAUAAAUGUAUAACAGGUGAAGCAACAUCAUCACUUCAAUAAGAAGGGGAUUACGGUUUGUGGAGCGGGGGUUGUUUGUUUUGUUAUUGCUAGGAUACGCUAUUUUUGCAUUUUCACAUGCGAGAGUAGUGGAUGAAAUGGAUGAGAAUGAAAUUCUACAAAAUCAUCCCUUCUUUUUCAGAUACAUUCGCGAAAGCCGAACAUAGUAGGCAUCGUUCCAAUAAGUUGACAGCAGUUUGUAGAGAGCCGCCGGCAGCGUUCUGAUGCUGUUUGUAAACAAUACCGACAGCUAUUCCAAUAUGGCUGAAAGUGUAUUUCAUAUGAUUGUUUCACCUGGUAUAUAUAGAGGCGCCUUGGCCGGGAAUAUAGGACUUUGACAGCGGAAAAUCACUCUCGUCGUUCAGCACGAACGACGUCCCGCGAUAAUUCGUCAUCCACCGACACUGACACUUCACGGUCGCUAUCUGCUCGCCCGUGUACUCUGGGGACCUAGUAUUCUCCUAGAGACGAUGCCCUUCUGCUUGAGGGUUCUGUUGAUGUUGGAAUGGGAAAUUUUCGACCGGCGCCACGUAAACUCUUACCGUCCUUGUUGUCGAACAGCUUUUUUCAGAAACUCCUUCUUCUUUUUCGUCAUGAUCUUCGCCGAUCGGCCACUACCGGUUUUCCGCUCGACGGUAAUCAGUGGUCAUCGGCACAUUUUCGUCCCGAAAAUGGUCUACUGUAAACUUGAGUUUCACGCGUUUGGAAGAACCGUACAACGCGCUCGCGGAGUGCUUGUUGUUUCGACGCCAUCUUUGAUCGAACUGACAAAUAUUGCGAAUUUUUUUUUUGAAAGUUGUGAACCGUUUUAUUCCGGACAUUGAAGCUGAGUUUGACAACGAGUGUAUAUGAAGCAAAUAUAAAAAAAAACGGAAAGUAAAAAGUGGUUUAUUUGAAAAAGCAGUUUUCACAAAUAAUAAAUUUAAUUUUUACAAUGGUGAGCAUUAAACGAAAGUAGAAUGUUUUGCUGAGCUAAUUAGUUUGGAAUAUAUAAAUGAGCAACGUUAGAAACGUCUUUUUUUGCUGUAUAAAACCUUACAGGAAACCCAGAAGGUGUCAUGACGAUGAUGAAUCUUUGCAUAAACCAAAACAUAAUCAUCAUCACCAAAACAAUAUCAAACAAACAUUUGAAGACUUCAUAAGGGGGCCGGGUUUUGUUCCUCUCAUAACGUUUUGGUUCUUGUUUCUAGCUCUUCGAUGUUCAGAGCGCCGAUCAUGAACGCCUUACUCGCCAAGAUUCUAGUUCUUAUCGUGAAAUUGUUCAUUGCAUGCUGUAGUAACUGUGGGCGAAAAUGAGGUACAGUACUUGUAGCUCUGGAUAAAGUCUUCUGGGUCGGGAUCUGGCAGAUCAAUAGCAACUGCUUGGGUGAACUGAUGCUUGCUGAAUCUCACAUACAGUAGAAUCACGAUUAUCCGCGGGAUAGAGUGGCAAGGACACCGCGGAAAUCGUAAUAGAAGGGAGAUGAAGUGCGAAUACGAACAAUGAAAUACAGAAUGGAAUUUUAUCAAGUCGUUCGAAGUAUUUCGAAUCGAUAGAAAUACAGAAUAUCGGUGAAUAUUAACGACUCGACACGUUUGAAUUCUGGAGGAAGAAAUAAUAAUUCCUUUUCGCUUCUCUCAUACACUGCUCAAACUUUGUUAGUAAUGCAGCCUCAGUGGUUGAGUUACAGAGUUAUUCAGGCCACGUCAAGUAGCUCAUUUUGUGCUGACUAGUUAUUUUUGUCGGUUAUCAUCGUUUUGGUCGCCCCAAAGGCGUCAAAUUUAAGUUUAUCAAAUUUUGAUCGUUGCACCUUUUAUUAUGCCAGAGACGAGUGGAUAUCAAUAAAAAGUGUCGGAUUGAUGUACUAUUCGAUGGUUCAAUUGAUAGCUUGUUAUCCUUGGAUAUAUGAUACAACCGCUCUUGUUUAUCAUCCGUCGGAUUCCCGUUUCAAUAUCAAUCUUUCUUCCCUCUCCCAAUCGGUUUCUCCAACAGUUCGUACUACAUGGGCUGAACAGUCCCGGGAUUGUUAAUGAAAACUAUCGUUUUUUUUUUUUGAAAAAAGCUGUAUUUAUUCCUCAACAUAGUUUCCUUCGAGGGCAAUAUACAGUAAACAUUCACUAACUGGUCGAAAAGGGAAGACUAGUUAUCGACAUUCGCGUUUUAACUGGUCCGGCAUGUUAAACGUCAAAUAAAAUCGAGGGGAACUUCAAUGAAUUGUUUGAUUCGUGUUGGUCAUGAAAUUGAAUAAACAAAAGGAUUCCAAUGGAAGUUUCGCAUUGAGUGCGACAAUAGGUAUGAAAUGUAAUUUGAUGAAAUUAUUUUUCUGUGAUUUAAUCAACGUUUUUAUCAUGCGAAAAUAAUGUUAAUUUUCAUAACAUUUCAAAUUAAAUUCGAAUGCCCCUCACAGCAAAUAUUCCAUUUGAAUAUGGCGUCGAUUGUUUGCGAAAAUCUGCUUUUUAACUGGUCCAAAGACCAGUUAACGUUCGCCCAGUUAAAAAGCAGACCAGUUAAACAAGGACCAGUUAGCGAACGAUUACUGUACUUGGUAUAGUGAGUUUCCAACAAUUCGAUUCCCUUUCUGUAGUACGAAAGGUCUAAGUUUUCGGAAAAUGCCUCAGUUUCUGCGAUGACUUCCUCAUUCGAUGUAAAUCUCUUUCCCUGGAGCCACCGCUUGAGCUUUGGGAACAUAUAGUAGUCGCUGGGGGGCCAAGUUUGGAGAAUAUGGUAGGUAAGCAAGCAAUUAGAAUCGUAAUGGGUCCAACUUGGCCGUCGCUUUUAAGGACGUUUGCGACGGUGAUGUUACAGAACUUUUUUCUUCGCCAUAUGGGGCCAUUUUUUUCUUCAUUUCGUCGUUCAGUUUAUCCAAUAACGCUGCAUAAUACUCUCCGAUAAUUGUUUUCUCCUUCUGCAUGGAAUCGAUGAAGAUUAUGCCAUGUGUAUCCCAAAACACGGAGGCUAAAACAUUCCCGGCCGACCGUUGGUCUUUUGGCCGCUUUGGCUGGCUUUAGUGGCUUAUUAGCCACACUGCAGACUGCAUAUUGGACUCAGGAGUGUGGUAAUGGAGCUACGUUUCGUCCAUUGUCACAAAACGUCGAAAGAAGUCCACUCGAUUACGCUCCAACAAUGUCAAACCGGCUGUUGAAUCAUCAACGCGCCGCUGUUUUUGGUCGACGGUCAGCAAACGCGGUACCCAUCGCGCGGAUAGCUUUUUCAUGUCCAAAAUGUAUCACACUCAUUCUUUUGAAAUGCCUACGGCCUCAGCCAACUGGCGUAACUUCUCUUUACAAUCGUUCAAAACGAGUUGAUGCACUUGUUUAACAAUUUCUGGAUUCGUAGUCUCUUUUGGCCUUCCAGAGCGAGGGGCAUCUACGGUGCUUGUAUGGCUCAUUUUAAAUUCACUGAACCACCGAUAAACUGUUUUUCUUGAAGGAGCAAAAGUGGAAUAACAUUUCGUCAACCACUGCAUUGAUUGUUCAGGAGUUUUUCCUACAAAAACAAAAACAAUGUUUGAUCAAAAUAAGAUAUUUCUCUUUUUCCAUUUUCUAUACGAAUUCUUAGGUAGUGGCACUUAAACAACUGUAGUUUGUGAACAAAUAAACUAAAUGUCAUGAAACUUCACACAUAAGUUAGUGACAGAUGAACCUCUCGAAAUGAAUCUUGUUCAUUUUUUAGUGGCUCCAUCUGUUGAAAAAUACCGGGACUGUUCAGCCCAUGUAGUACAUCACAGAAUAUCUUAGUCUAGAAAAUCUGUGAAUGGAGAAUGUAUUGAAUGACAAAACACAUGAUCAACAAAUGCAUAUUUUCCUAACCCUAAUCCUCAUCGGCAGCGACGAUUAUUGUUUGCUAGCGCUCGCUUCGGCGAGACCCUCAGAAGUGAUUUGAAGUGCUCAAUGGACUAAACGAAGACAGCUUUCCAAGCUUCACCUGUGUAUUCGUGUGUACCCUUACAGCAAGCAAACAAAUCGCUCCCCCCACUUAAACACAAAAUACCAAUUAAUCAAAAUAGUGUCGUAUUCCAGUACUGUAGUAAAGAUAACAAAAUGAUGAAAAAAAACCUUACAUGAAAGAGAUAAGUUUAGUAGAAUAAUUCCCGCACUAGAAGAAAGGUGAUACCAAUUCCAAACAAAGCUUAGAGAACAUGAUGAAUUUUACAAUACACACCUGCAUAGUGCACCACCAACACAUAUCCCGCUUAUUGUGUAUGGCUUUGAAAAUACAAAAAAAAUGCACUGAAAUUUCCAAUAACUAUUCCACAAAUCACCCAUAUCCGGACCCGGAAGCAUCAAAGCGGAUUUACGUGUUCAGCUACUCAUUGAACGCUGAGCAAACAAAGUUAAUGGUACUUAAAUCGUUAUAUUAGAAUGUAAUAUCAUAGCAACAAACAAAUAACUAAUGGCGACAAACAAAUAACUAAUGGCGAAGAAAAACCACAUGUUAGAACAAUGAGUAUUGUGAUCCACACAUAGAAAUGUGAAGAGAAUAUAGGUACAUACAACUACUAAAAACAAAACUAAUUUCGCGAGGGAGACAAAUAUUUUUUUUAUGGGAUGAUCAUUAUUUCUUCGGAGAGAAGUAUCGAAUUUGGGAAAUAAUGUACUUAACAUUGAGUUAGCCUAAAAUUUUGGUAGUGUACAUAUUCAUUGCAAUACGUUUAUGUAAUUUUAGUGUCUCAUAUGUAGAUAAUUGUAAAUAUAUACGAUUAAACAUCGUUUCAAAAGAAACUUUACAUUCUGAUCAGUGUUAUAGACUUAAAACGUAAAAAAAAGCGUGACUGCUCGGGACCCUUUCGGAUGUUAUACAACUAAUUUCCUGUGUUUAAUUGCAGUCUUCUCGGGAAUCUUUUUUUUUUGCGCAUAGUAAAACAAGUUGAUAGGUUCAUUAGAGUCAACUAUUUGUAUUCAAAAAGGGUCGCAUCCCGUGGUGUAAAGGAGAAUCGAGAUCUUGUAAAAUAAUUUCCAUUACUGUUUAAGUGUAUUGUUUAGAGCUUAAUAAACGUUUACUUGAAUUUAAAUAAGUUACCGUUUGAUUUCGUUUCCUUCCAAUUGGUUUGAUUUUGUUUGGCUCGUUUAGUGUGUAUACAAUCAAUCCACUGAAAUUUUUCACUGAUGAUUUCGACGGAUGGUUAUGAAAUGUUUCCAAUCGUACGUGAAAUAUUGUACGGGUUUGCGUCUCCGCUUGCUCCCAGGUAUACCAUAGUUUUUAUUUCAAGCAUAGCAAAACGUAAAUUAGAACCGAAACAUGCGACAUAUCAAUUUUUGGAUAUUCCACCGUUAGCCUUUAAUCCGAGCACUAUUGUUACAUAGUAAAAAAAACAACAAAACAUCGGAACACAAAACUGGAACUUGCAUUUACCACCUACAGGUUAUCACUUCAAUAUCGAGUUUAUUUCACGGAUAAAAUGCAGAAUGUGAUUGUUUUAUUAGAAGGAAAGUGAAGCUGGAUAUUUUACUAUGAAUGAUAUCUAUUGUAAAAAAGAACACGUGCUUCUGGUUGAACGCCUGUGUCACAGCCACAUUAUAGAACUAUUGGAAUGAGAAUCAAACUAAGCAUAAAUAAUGGAAGAUUAGAAAAAAAGCCCACAAAACAACGCUUUCUAUGUGUUACACGAAGGCUCGUGUUAUGGGGACUUGCGGUACCAAUUUAUUGCAUUGUUGAUAACUAUAUAAGAUACUGGAUUUUAUUGACUAUAUUCAACUGUGAAGUACAUAGUAUUGACAACAAAAAUAAUAAAACGAAAAUAUAUCAAA